UUCUUCUUUCAAAUCCAUUCACCCUGCGCAUGCAAAAACACAAUGAGCACCGUAAACUACACAAUGUUCAAGUGUUUCAACAGAAAAUUCGCCGUCUCCGAACAGUCCCCUCCGCAGGACGUCAAGGAAGCCUUCUCCACCUUCGCCGACGGUGUCCCCUCCAUGUCCGCCGACCAGCUUCACCGAUUCCUGCUCGACCACCAACUCGAACUGGAUUGCACCGCAGAGGAUUCCCAGCGCGUGGUUGACAACAUCUUGCACUCGCGGAAACCGAACGACAAUGAGGAAUGCGACACCGAUGGGCCCCAUCGCGGAAUUACACUGGACGAGUUCUUCCAUUUCAUGUUCCUCGUUGAUUUCAACGCCCCCCUCAAAUCCCAGGUACAUCAUGAUAUGAAUGCUCCGUUAUCACAUUAUUUCAUAUAUACAGGGCACAAUUCCUAUCUGACUGGGAAUCAGCUGAGUAGCGAUUGCAGUGAUGUGCCAAUCAUAAAGGCUUUGCAACAAGGUGUGCGAGUAAUUGAACUAGAUGUGUGGCCAAAUUCAACUAAAGAUGAUGUCGUCGUGGUUCAUGGAAGGACACUUACCGCUCCUGUCUCACUCAUCCAGUGUUUGAAGUCCAUAAAAGAGUAUGCUUUUGUUAAAUCUGAUUACCCAGUCAUUAUCACAUUAGAAGACCACCUUACACCAGAUCUUCAAGCUAAAGUUGCAGACAUGACAACUCAAAUAUUUGGAGACAUGCUCUAUUAUCCUCAGACAGAUCUUCUGGCGGAAUUUCCCACACCAGAAUCGUUGAAAGGUCGAAUUCUUAUAUCAACCAAACCUCCAAAAGAAUAUCUUGAAUCCAAGCAAUUCAAGGAUAGUGACAGUGAAAGGGAAUCAACAGAAGAAGGAUCAUCAUCAUCACCAUGCCUUGGCACUGAAGUGGAAGUUGAUGAGAGGUUCAAUGGAAGUGAUCUCGACGAGGAAGGUUUGAAUGCUCGUGAAAAGAAACCAGACCAACAGAGUGCACUUGAAUACAAACGUUUGAUCACAAUCCAUGCUGGGAAACCAAAGGGUAAUGUAAGAGACCACUUAAACAUUAUUGGGGAUGUAAAGCGCUUGAGCUUGAGUGAACAGGAACUUGAAAAGGCUUCUGCCUCUUAUGGAUCUGAUAUUGUUAGAUUUACUCAGAAAAAUAUUAUCAGGGUGUAUCCAAAGGGAACACGUGUCAACUCCUCAAAUUACAGGCCGCAUAUAGGGUGGAUUUACGGAGCUCAGAUGGUUGCAUUUAACAUGCAGGGGCAUGGAAGAUCACUCUGGUACAUGCAAGGGAUGUUUAGAUCAAAUGGUGGGUGUGGUUAUGUGAAAAAGCCUGCAUUUCUGUUGGAAAAAGGCCCAGAUAAUAAUAUUUUUGAUCCUAAAAGAACAUUGCCAUUGAAGACGACAUUAAAGGUAAAAGUAUAUUUGGGAAACGGGUGGAGCACAGAUUUCAGCAAAACACACUUUGAUGCAUUCUCUCCACCAGACUUUUACACAAAGGUUUGCAUUGUUGGAGUACCAGCUGAUAAUGCCAAUAAGAAGACCAGGGUAAUUCAAGAUAAUUGGUUCCCCGUCUGGGAGGAGGAGUUUGAAUUUCCUUUGACUGUUCCAGAACUAGCAUUGCUCCGGAUAGAAGUUCGAGAGUAUGAUAAGCAUGAAAAGGAUGACUUUGGUGGGCAAACAUGUUUGCCAAUAUCUGAGCUAAGAUCUGGUUUCCGAGUAGUCUCUCUAAAUGAUGAGAAGGGCGAGAAAUUAAAAUCUGUGAAGCUUUUAAUGCGGUUUCAGUUCAGUGAACCGGAGGAAUCAAGUGAAUAACAAUCUAGGCAUAUAACAUAGUCUCAUAAAUUCCUAGGUGGUUUUUCUUCUGACUGGUGACUUAACAAGAUUGAUGUAACAAAAGAUUAUCUACAUCUAACUGCUUCAAACAAUAUU